CCAAGCGAGGGAGCGUUGCCAGGCGAUGGCGGCCACCGGCGGCGGCGGCGGCGGCGGGGUCUUCCCUUUUCGGGAUGCCCGCUGGGACCCGGACCCGACGCUAGAGGCCCUGCCGGGAGUGCGCUUGCCAUCCCCGGCGCCUUUGGUGCUGGACAACGGCUCCUUCCAGCUGCGGCUGGGCUGGGCCUCUUCGGACGCCUCGGUGCCCGGGGAGCCUCUGCUGCGCUUCCGCUCGCUGGUGGCCCGGAGCCGAGGCGCCCGAGGAGGGGCCGGGCCCGAGACCCAGGUGGGCAACGACCUGGGCAGCCCCGAGCCCCUCCGCUGGCUCCUCCGCUCGCCCUUCGACCGCAACGUCCCCGUCCAGAUGGAGCUGCAGGAGCUGCUCUUCGACCACGGCUUCCAGCGCCUCGGACUCGCCUCGCAGCAGGGCCGCGUCGACCAUCCAAUUGUGGUGACAGAAGCCGUCUGCAACCCGCUCUAUUCCAGGCAAAUGAUGUCGGAGCUGCUCUUUGAAUGCUACCAAGUGCCAAAGGCCUCUUACGGCGUGGACAGCCUCUUCAGCUUCCGCCACAACCAGAGGCAAGGCUGGCCCAGCAGCGGCCUCGUCCUCUCCUCCGGGUAUCAGUGCACCCACAUCCUGCCAGUCCUGGAUGGCAGGUUGGAUGCUAGAAACUGUAAGCGUAUAAAUAUUGGAGGGUGCCAGGCUGCUCUGUACCUUCAGCGUCUUCUACAGCUAAAAUACCCCGGGCAUUUCGCUGCCAUCACUCUCAGCCGCGUAGAAGAAAUACUUCAUGAACACAGCUAUGUUGCAGAAGAUUACAAAGACGAAAUGCAGAAGUGGAGAUCACCUGAAUAUUACGAAAACAAUGUGCAUAAGAUGCAGCUGCCUUUUUCAAAUAAACUCCUGGGGAGCACUCUCACAUCUGAAGAGAAGCAGGAGAGGCGGCAACAGCAGCUUCGACGCCUUCAAGAGCUUAAUGCUCGCCGGCGAGAGGAAAAACUUCAGCUUGAUCAAGAGAGGUUGGACAGACUGCUUUAUGUUCAGGAACUGUUGGAAGAUGGUCAGAUGGAUCAGUAUCACAAAGCUUUGGUGGAACUUAACAUGGACUCUGCUGAGGAACUUCAGUCUUACAUCCACAAACUGAGUUUGGUCAUUGAACAAACUAAACAGAAAAUCCUACAGGCAGAAGCUAGUGUCGAAGUGGAUGUUGUGGAUAGCAAGCCAGAGAUUCCUGAUUUGGAUCCAUUGGGCGGUGAACAAUCCAUAGAAGAUGUGGAAAGCAUUAAUGAAUUUGAGCCUUUAUUUGCUGAAGAGCAACCUGAAGCAGAAAAGCCGGUCACUACAGUUCAGCCUGUAUUUAACCUGGCGGAAUACCAUCAACUCUUUCUUGGCACAGAAAGAAUCCGAGUUCCUGAAAUUCUGUUCCAGCCAUCCUUGAUUGGAGAAGAGCAGGCUGGGAUAGCUGAAACCAUGCAGUUUGUCCUGGACAGGUACCCUAAAGAGCAGCAGGAAAAGCUUGUCCAAAAUGUCUUCCUUACUGGUGGCAACAUGAUGUAUCCUGGAAUGAAAGCCAGAAUACACAAGGAACUGCUUGAAAUGAGACCAUUCCAAUCAUCUUUUCAGGUACAUCUUGCUUCAAAUCCUGUUCUAGAUGCAUGGUAUGGUGCUCGGGAGUGGGCCUUACAGUACAUGAACCAUGAAGAAGGCUGGAUUACUAGGAAGGAUUAUGAAGAAAAAGGUGGUGAAUACCUUAAGGAACACUGUGCUUCCAAUGUCUAUGUACCUAUUCGUCUCCCAAAGCAGGCUCCAAGAACUGUUGAAACAUCAGGAUCCACUAAAGCACCAGGAACUGUGACAAACAAUGCCUCUGAGCAGGCAUAAUCUGCAGAUUGCCAGGGUAUGUAAUCUCAAAAUAGGAAUGGCCCAUGUCGAGGAUACUGUUUUCCAUAGCAGUGAAGCAGCUGCCAUUCACAGAACUGAACAUGAAUUUAGUUAGCUUCAGCAUUUUUUGGUGGGCUUGGUGCUCAUGGCAUCUCAGAAAACAUAAUCCUUUGAUGGAACGACAAAAGUCUUUCUCUAGUUCCUGUAUCAAGUCCUGAUUGUACUAUGUUCAUGGUUGCCAUGGAAUAAUUAUAGGCUUUACAUCAGGAUUUGGUGUAAAAAGAGCAAAACAGAUAUUUCAGAGAAAAUGCUCAUUGGCCUCAUUGAGGCUAUCAUCUUAAUGUGUUUCCUAAACUAAGAAACAAAGUUGUAAAAUAUAUUAGCAAUGUAAAUAAAAAAAUUAAUUCUUUAUGCCUU